AUGGUGAAGUAUUUAAAGGCCAAUGACCUGGUGUUACAAAGGACACUUGUUCACUCUAAACAGAACUCGUCGGCUACUCUUGAAAAGCACUAUGGUAAAAGCAGAGAAAUAUCAGGUGGACACAAACACAUAGAUCGUUCAGUGGCCAUCGCUGAACCAGUAAAACGUUUAAAUUACAGUGACCUUAAUGGUUAUGAUAUGACUCAUGACGAGGAAAGAAAAUCAAUGAAGGUGGUGGGUGUAAACACGACAUUCUCCAAGACCUUGUACAAGCUGGCCAAGCUGGUCAAGCUGGCCAAGCUGGUCAAGCUGGUCAAGCUGGUCAAACUGGCCAAGCUGGCCAAGCUUGACACUAAAUGGAUGUUUACGUGGAGGCUGGUGGACGAGGCGCUACAGUGCAGCCAUCUUAAACACAUCUGCGGCGGCCUUGCUCAUGUGUCACUCUCUCGCUCUGACUUGCAUCUAGAUGUGAUCGAAGUGGUGAUCGAAGGGACUCUUGAGUUCGACGUGACCUUCGAAACGCGAGUUCGACCCCAAAUCCAGCCACCAGAACCCAGGGACAACUCUCGCAUCUUCUUCGGCCAGCCAGAAAUUCCGGAUGAUAUCAAGAAAACCGAAUUGAUUGAGAGUUUCCAAGAUUCUGAGCUGCAAGAGGCACUCUCAAUCCUCGACGACGAUUCUUCAGGUGACUGGAAGACAACUGAGUUUAACACCACUCAGCAAGAAAAUUACAACAAUACUAACGAGGCUUUGUGUGUGAUUCAGCAGAGUGACUCGACUCUCCCUGAAGAAAGUGAUCCAGUUAAGAAAGAAAAAGAGGUAGUAGAGGCCAACGAGCAGUCCCACACACAGUACGACUUCGUCAGGAAGGAACCCACCAAUCUAGGAAAUUCCUGCUGUGUUGAGACAAACCAGAGCUUCAGCGAGCAGGGGCCCAAGCAGGUCUCUGACCCGUGCUGUUGCCACAGGGACUGGGUGCGUGCACAGAGUGCUAAAAGCAACACCAAGCUUAACACACGCUACCACAGCACCAAGAAGAUGGAAGGUGAAUACCAGGAAGGAUGUCACAACGGCGAGUGUGAGGAAAAUCAAGGAUGUGACACAAGGGAAAGCUUUGAAGUGGAGAAACAGGUCCACCACAAGGAGCUUCCCAUCACUGAGUGCCUUGACGAGUUCCUGGAGAAGUUGCACCUGUCACACCUAGCAGACUACCUGAGGGUGCUGGGCUGUACCUGUGUGAGGGACCUGCGCCUCUUGGAGAAGCCUGAACUUGAAGCUAUUCAGCUCAUCUCCCGUCGGCGCCUCCUACAGGAGCUUGACUCUUUCAACCUUCACCAUGAAGCGCCUCCUGCCGACUGCUCCCUGGAGGGCUGGCUCACCUGGUACGGUCUCACGCACAUCGCUGGCUUCCUGAAGGCUAUAGGAGUGCAUAGUGUGGCUGACAUGACCUACCUGAGGGAGGAGGACCUGCAACUCCUGAAGCCAGUCACCCGCAGGAGGAUCCUAGCCUGCUACAGGAAGUAA